GCGAAAAUUCAAUGAAAACUAUAUUCUAAGUUAUAAGUCAGCUAAUUACAUUAUUAAAAUCUAAUUAUUCUUGUGAAAUGUUUUACAAAAUAUUUACUUUUUUAUUAAUUUUUAUAUGUGGACAUUUUUUUGAAGAAGUUUUUGGAAAUAUACUUUUAAUUGACCCGGAAAAAGUGAUACUAGAUAAUGAUAAAAAAGAAUCUGGUCAUCAUACAAUAUCUAUGUGGAUUACGGAGAAAGAUUUUUCUAGUCUUUCAAAAGAAGAAGUAAUAGUAAAUAAUAAAUACGACCCAUGUGAUUAUUGUUUAGAUUUUGCAUGCACUACGGAGACAUAUUGUUUGAAAACUCAAAAAAAAUAUGUAAUGUGUGGUCCUUUAAUAUUGGAUAUUGAAAAUAAAAAUGAGAUUUUCGCAGAACUUUAUGUGAAUUUUUAUGCCUAUAUUUAUGAAAACAUUAAAAAAAAAGACACAAUAUAUAUUAAAAUCACAUUCGAAGAAAAACACAUUAUUUUAAAUUACAAUGGAAAAGAUUACAUUUUCGAAUACAACGUAGAAGGAAUUGAUCUAAAACUAGAGUCAUUUAUGUUUGAAAUAAACAAGGGAAUUAGAUUCAAAAUAAUUAAAAUUCAAACCAGUAAACUAGAUAAUAAUACAUCUUUAAUAAAUGAUACGGUCUAUGCUAAACAUACCAGAAUACAACUAAGAAAUCUUGAGAAUUUGUCUUUAUGGAAAUAUGUCAAAGAGGAACUUAUUCAAUCGAAUUCUUCUACACUACCCAAUACAGCAAUAAACGAUUUCAUUCUUAAUUCAACAAUGUACAAGAGUGAUAUUAAAUACACUCUUGAAAAAUCAAGAAGAAUCAUGUGUGAUCGAACUUUUAAGUAUGCGAUUUUGCUAAUGGUAUAUGCCUAUGAGGCACUGAGAAUUGAUUAUUGUACAAGACCAUAUUGGGAUCAAUUAAUAUAUAAAUUAAAAAAAUUGAGUGAUGCACGGAUAAAUUUAGAUGAGAACAAAAAUUUACAAUUUGGAUUGAAAGAUAUUAAACAUGCAAUUAAUGAAUGUGAUGUAAUGUGUAUUUUUCAAAGAUUAGUAAAUGAUUAUGCAACUAUUUUCCUAACUCCACAAGAAAUGAAAAUAUUCAAAUUUAAAGAUAAAUAUUCAUUUAAAAAUAUUAAAGAUGAACAAAUUCUAUCGCAACAUUUAUUACAUAAAAUAUUAAUAGGAUUUCCAAAACAUCACUCAAACGACGAGUCAUACCAAUUUGAACUUAUACCACCAUAUUUAUGUGAAAUAGAAGAAAAAUUACAGCAAAUUUUUAAGUUAAUUGAUGCAGAAUUUGAAAAUAUUUACAAAAUAGAUUUGUAAUAUUGGAUAACUUUU